AUGAAGCUAACAGAGGUACUUUUGCAGAUGGAAUUCAAGCAGAGUCAUUAUGACUAUUCAUUGUUCAUCAGAGAAGCAAAUGGUGACACAAUUAUUAUUCUUGUGUAUAUGGAUGACUUGCUGAUCACAAGGAACAAUGAUAAGUCAUUGCAUGAUACCAGGACAGAGUUGCAGAAGAAGUUCAAGAUAAAGGACUUAGGGAAGCUAAAAUAUUUCCUUGGAACUGAAUUUGCCAGAUCAAAGGAAGGAAUUCUUAUGUGCCAAAGAAAGUAUGCACUUGAAUUGAUUUCUGAAACAUGUUUAGGUGGAGCAAAGUCCUCUGGUACACAAUUGGAGUUGAAUCGAAAGCUCACAUCUGUAGAAUAUGAUAAGUGCAUUCAGAGUACAAGUCAAGAAGGUGAUCAGAAGCUUAAAGAACCUAGCUGUUAUCACAGACUUGUUGGAAGGUUGUUAUACCUCACCAUGACCAGGCCAGACAUUGCCUUUGUAGUGCAGGUCCUAAGCCAGUAUAUGCAUUGUCCCAAGAUGUCAUAUAUGGAAGAGUCAAGGAAAUCAGUAACUGGAUACUUGGUUAAGUUUGGAAAUGCAUUGGUGUAUUGGAAGUCAAAGAAGCAAAUGACUGUGUCCAGAAGUUCAGCUGAUGCAGAGUUCAGAAGUAUGGCCUCAUGUGCAAUAGAGGUCACCUGGAUGAUAGGGCUAUUCAAGGAACUUGGAGUGAAGAUUCAAUAG